UUAUUAUCAAUUAACUCACAGAUAUUCAAUUUUUUUAAAUUCGAUGAAAAAUUAAUCAAUUAAACAGGCAGGCAUUAUUUUAAUAGAAUGAUAAUGUUGUUUACAGCGAGGAUAAAGCAGCUCUGCAAGCUUGGAAGAAGUCGAUAAUGCUUGUGUACAAUAGGCUGGCAACACACAAGUAUGCUUCCUUGUUUCUCAAGCCUAUAACCAAUGAGCAGGCCCUUGGAUAUCAUUCGGUCAUACACAGGCCAAUGGAUUUGUCGACUAUAAAGAAGAAUAUCGAACUGGGUAACCUGCGCACUACGGUGGAGUUCCAGCGUGACAUGAUGCUCAUGUUCCAGAACGCCAUCAUGUACAACAACAAGAAAACAUUGGUCUAUGAGAUGGCCACCGAAAUGCAGGCUGAAUGCAUACAGCACAUACAGUUGAUGGUGGAAGCGAUGGGCGAAGGAGUGCCGCUACGUAGCGAGGCUGACGAAUCGGACACACUCAAGUUGACUCGCGGCAGCGGUCGAGUCGGCAAGAGCGUGGAGCCGUGGUCGCAGCAGACUGCGGCUGAGUCGUCGCGCAAGCGCAAACGCAGCUCACUGCCGCCCGACACCGCUCCCAGUGCCGGCAGCAAGAAGAAAAAGAUGCAGGCAGAUGACGAGGGAAAGAAAAACUAGAAGAGAAAUAUUAUGAUUUAUCAAGAAGUAUUUUUGUACAUUGCAAUAAAGACUGUAAAUAACUAAUAAAGAUUUUUUAUAGAUUACA